UUUUGUUUCUAUGUAAGGAAAAAUUUUUAAUCGUUGUUGCAUUCAGCUUUCCAGAAUUUUUUCAGUUAUCGCUCGCUCCGUUUAAUCCACAGUCAUCCAGAUUAUUUUGAAUUUUUUUUAAUUUAAAAUGGCGUCAGUUGGAACGUUGGCAUUUGAUGAAUAUGGUCGGCCAUUUUUGAUCUUGAAGGACCAAGACAAGCAGAAACGCCUGACCGGCUUAGACGCCCACAAAAGCCAUAUUUUGGCCGGAAAAGCUGUGGCGGACAUUUUGAAAACUUCUCUGGGGCCAAAAGGCCUGGACAAGAUGUUAGUGUCAAGUGAUGGAGAUGUGACUAUCACAAACGAUGGGGCAACGAUUCUGGAUCAGAUGGAUAUCGAACAUCAAAUUGCUAAACUUCUUGUUCAGCUGUCAAAAUCUCAAGAUGAUGAGAUUGGGGAUGGUACAACUGGAGUUGUAGUGCUAGCUGGUGGCCUAUUAGAGCAGGCAGAACAGUUGCUAGACAGAGGAAUUCAUCCAAUUAGAAUAGCUGAUGGUUAUGAAAUGGCAGCCCACAUUGCCAUUGAAGAACUCAAAAGAAUCUCAGAGUACUUUCCAGUUGAUAUGAAUAAUCUGGAACCUCUGAUCCAGACUGCCAUGACAACGCUUAGUUCUAAAAUUGUUAAUAAAUGUCACAGACAAAUGGCAGAGAUUGCAGUGAAUGCUGUGCUAUCGGUGGCUGACUUUGAGAGGAAGGAUGUCGAUUUCGAGUUGAUAAAAGUCGAAGGUAAAGUUGGAGGCAAGAUGGAGGAAACCAUGCUGGUUAAAGGGGUUAUAGUUGACAAGGAUUUCAGUCAUCCACAAAUGCCUAAGCAUGUAACAGAUGCAAAGAUAGCCAUCUUGACAUGUCCAUUCGAGCCCCCAAAACCAAAGACUAAAAGUAAGGUAGAGAUUCAAUCUAUAGAAGAUUAUAAAAAGUUGCAAGAAUAUGAAGCUGCAAAAUUCGACGAAAUGAUCAAGCAGGUGAAGGACACAGGGGCCAACCUGGUCAUCUGUCAGUGGGGAUUUGAUGAUGAGGCCAACCAUUUGUUGCUUCAGAGGCAACUGCCUGCUGUAAGAUGGGUAGGAGGUCCUGAGAUUGAGCUUAUCGCCAUAGCAACUGGUGGCAGAAUUGUGCCUCGAUUUUCCGAGCUGACUCCUGAGAAAUUGGGUCACGCUGGCAUAGUUAGGGAAUUGACCUUUGGCACUUCCAAGGACAAGAUGUUGGUCAUUGAAGACUGCAAAAACAGCAGGGCUGUCACUAUUUUCAUCAGAGGGGGGAACAAAAUGAUUGUAGAUGAGGCCAAACGUAGCAUUCAUGAUGCCCUCUGUGUGGUCAGGAAUCUCGUUAAAGACAACAGGGUGGUCUAUGGGGGUGGAGCCUCUGAAAUCGCUUGCUCAUUGGCUGUCAAGAAACAAUCAGAUAAGAUCUCGACAUUGGAACAGUAUGCAAUGAGGGCUUUUGGCGACGCCCUUGAGAGCAUUCCAUUGGCUCUUGCCGAGAACUCUGGUCUAGCACCCAUUCAGACAUUGGCCGAAAUUAAGAGUCAACAGAUUGCACAGAGUAACCCGAGAUUAGGGAUUGAUUGUAUGGGAAUAGGAUCAAAUGAUAUGAAAUCUCAGUACGUGAUAGAGACUCUACUGUCAAAGAAACAGCAAAUAAUGCUGGCGACCCAAGUUGUCAGGAUGAUUCUCAAGAUCGAUGACAUCAGGGCACCUCAAGAUAAAUUCUAAUCAUAAUUUAAUGAUUGAUAGGAAUCAAAUUAUGAUAAUAUUUUUAUUAUAUUAUAAUAUAAUUACUAAUGUUUUUACCUUUCUCUGUGUUUUUUGUUCUUGCCUUGUCUAAAUUUUGUUAGUUCUUUCUCUCCUACUACUGCGACAAAUGUCACGUAUUCUUAGGGUUUAUUUAUACAGUUUUUGUGUGUUUUUUUUAAAUAAAUAAAUCAAUCAAUAGAUAAAUAAGCGAUUUUAAUAAAGUUUGCCUAAAGGAAGUUUAUAUUUCUAAUUUUAUUUGUGUUCGGCUGUCAUCGUUUAACGCUAGAAACGUGACUAUACAAUGGUUUUAUAUUUUAUUAAGGUUAACUUUCAAGUUUACUAGAGUUGUAAUAAAAUUUCCU